GCGUGCGCGCGGGCAGCUGGUCUGUCUUCAACCGGCGCUGUCACGCGGGGCGACUGUUCUCAGUUGCACGCGCUCCCCUCUCGUCCUCCGUCGAUAUCAAGCGUUCCUCUGCCUUCCUAUUAUUUAUUAUGAGUAGCCUAACUUAGAAAAAGAGAGAGGCAGCAACCGGAUUGGAAUACCAGCGUAAUGCAGGAAAAUAACAAGUCCAAGGAAAGCGGGGGGAAACGGAAAAAAAGACGGGGGAAAGAGCGAAAAUUAUGUUUUUCUGACGUGCGGACGUUUAUCCUCUCUUCCUUUAUUAUAUAAUAUUUACAGCGUAUCUUUUCUUUGUUUGUUUAAACUUAAAGAGAGAAAACAACAACAUCAGCUGGACUUCAGUAUUAAAAACAAAACAACUCCCAAGACAAGCCACGAGUGAGAAAAAGAAAACGAGAGAUGCUUUCUCGUCUUCUCUCCUCUCCUCGAUUUUCUUUCGAAGCAACACAAUGGAGUAUUUGUAUCUACUUGGUCGAUGGAUGUGCAACUACUUUAUACCCAUAAGAAUUCGCCCAUCUCCUUUUUUCACUGGGAGAUUUAUCCCGCUGUUGGUCUUCCUCCAUGGCUUCGUUUUCCAUCCCGAUCCAUGCCUCUCCCACCCCCAGCCAUGUCACAUCCUGGCUCGGAUUGGACACACGGUUCGUCUCGGUGCUCUGCUUCCCACCAGACAACCAGCCAGGGUACAUAACGCUCUGAACAGAGCCUUGACCAGCCUGAAGCACCGGGCUGGAGAAGGCAACCCGCCUCUUCUGCCCUACAACCUCACCCUGGAGGUGGUGUCUCGGUCCCCGUCUGGUGGCGACCCUGUCUCCCUGUCCAGGUGUGUGUGUCAGGAGCUGGUUGUGCGAGGGGUGACAGGUGUCCUGGCCUUCCCUCGUUCACCAGAGGAGAUCAUCCACAUCGACUUCCUGUCCUCCUUCCUGGAAAUACCUUUUAUAUCACUACUGGAGGACCUAGAACCACUCAGAGUUAAGAACCGGUUCCAUCUCCAAAUGUCAGUUCGUGUUCCACCCUCUUGCUUGGCCAACCUUCUGCUCUCUGUUCUCCAUGGGGUAGAGGGGGAGACAGAGGGUGAAGGGAGAAGAGAGGGGGGAGGCAGGGGUCAGGAAGGGGGUAGAGGGGGAGUCGCUGUGGUGUGUCCUGGAUGGGAGGAGAGGGGGGAGGGACUACUGAAACAUCUAGAGACACAGAAAGGAACAAGCUGGAAUCUACUGGAUAUCAUCAACCUUACACAUAUAGGAGGGGAGGAGAGGAGGGAGGAGAGAGGAAAGGAGGAGAGGAGGGAGGAGAGAGGGAAGGAGGAGAGGAGGGAGGAGAGAGGGGAGGAG